GACCCCCGGCAGCGGAGCCGCCGCCGCAGGCCCGAUGGACGCGGAGGCGCCCCGGGGGCUGUAGGACCCCCCCCCUGCCCUCCCCACCCCCAGCGGCGGCAGCUGCGGCCGGGCCGGGCCGGGGGUCCCGCCGCGCCGGGGGUCCCGCCUGUCCCCGCGUCCUCGCGCCAUGUCGGGGGCCCUGAGCAAGCGCAGCGACCUGGCUAACGACAACCGGUGCCCGGGGCUGAGCCUGGGGCUGGGAGCGCCCCCCGACCCCCGCACCGGCCCCGGGGGGGCCCCGGCCGAGGAGCUGCCCGGCGCCGGGUGGGCGAAGGCCGGGCAGGACCAGAACCGCAACGAGCUCGAGCCGGGGCCGGGCCCGGGGCCGGGCCGAUCCCCCGGGGCACGCGGGGAGUCCCCCGGAGCGCUCGAGCCGGGGGUCCAGGCCCGCAAUGCCCGGAACGCCGCCGGGGACCCACGGGCCCUGCUGAUCGGCGCCUCAGAGGAGGAGGAGGAGGAGGAUGAAGAUGAGGAGGAGGACGAAGAGGAGGACGGCGCCGGGGUCUCUCCGCCGGCUCUGGGCACAGAGCGGGGCCUGCGGGAGCCCCCAGGGCGCAGUGCCAGCCACCUCUUCGGGGGGCCCGGCCCCGGCAGCGACGAGGACUCCAGCUGGGCCACGCUGAGCCAGGGCAGCCCCGGCAGCUCCCCCGACGAGCCAGAGUCGCUGUGGCCAUGUGGCGCAGGAGCACACGGGGACCUCCCCCCCGGAUGGCUGCGGGUGCAGGACACCUCAGGCACCUACUACUGGCAUGUCCCCACUGGUACCACUCAGUGGGAGCCCCCUGGCGGGCCCCAUGAGACCCCUUCCGAUGGCAGCACCCCCACCGAGGGGCCCACUCUCUCCUGGACAAGCUUUGCCCCGGCCGAGACCUUCAACGAUGGGGACCUGUGGAAGGACCCCACAGCUGAAGAGGAGGAGGAGGAGGAAGAGGAAGAUGAGGAGCCAGGAGUGUCGGACCUGGAGAUGCUGUCACCAGGCCCAGGAUCACCAGGAGAGGGCAUGGCCCUGGGCGAGGAGGAUGCACUGGUCUCCAAGGGUCUCCCUGUGCGCUCUCUGGGCUGGGUGCAGCUGCGGGAGGAGGAGCUGGGUCCCGGCCGCAGCAGCAGCGCUGUCAGCGCCUGCAUCCGGCAGCUCUCGGGGCCUCGUGAUGGCCCCCCCGGCAGCUGGGGGGAGGCACGGGCACUGCUGCUGCUCGAGGAACGCACGCUGAAGCUCGUGGACCCCCAGGACCGGGCACUGCUGCACGCGCAGCCCGUGGGCGGCAUCCGUGUGUGGGGCGUGGGGCGGCACGGCAGCAGGGAGAGGGACUUCGCGUACGUGGCCCGGGAUCCCUUGACACAGGUGCUGAAGUGCCACGUGUUCCGCUGCGAGGGGCCAGCCAGCGCCAUUGCUGCCGGGCUGCACCGGGUCUGUGCCCAGCUGACGGCAGAGCGGCGAAGUGCCCGGGCAGCAGGCAACGGCCUGGGGACAGACCCCCCCCGGCUGGGGGAGCCUCCCCUGCAGGUGGAGUUCCCAGCUCCCAAGAGUGAGGUGGUUCAGCGCUUCCCCGUGUGUUAUCUGGGCUGUGUCCCUGUUGCCAAGCCAGUGGGCAUGGACGUGAUCAACGCGGCACUGGAGGCAGCACUGGCCCCUGGCUCAGGGGAGCCCCCUGCACCCACCCCCGUGGUGGUCAGUGUGGCCCCCGCCACCCUCACCAUUGCUCACCGCCAGACAGAGGCGGUGCUGUGCGAGUGCCGCGUGCGGUUCCUGUCCUUCAUGGGGGUGGGACGCGACGUCCGCGCCUUCGCCUUCAUCAUGGCCAGCGCUCCUGGCACCUUCCGCUGCCACAUGGUGUGGUGUGAGCCCAACGCCGCGGGGCUCAGCGAGGCGCUGCAGGCUGCCUGCGUGCUCCGCUACCAGAAGUGCCUGGAUGCGCGGCCCCAGGCCUCCAGCUCCUGCCUGCCAGCGCCCCCGGCUGACUCAGUGGCACGGCGGGUGGGGUCCUCUGUGCGCCGGGGGGUGCAGACCCUCCUGGGGACCCUCAAACCACGGCGGGGAGGGGCGCAGACCCCGUGA